AUGAAAAUCCAGUGUGAUGUUUGUGAAAGAGCUCCAGCAACAGUGAUCUGUUGUGCAGACGAGGCUGCACUUUGUGCAAAAUGCGAUGUUGAAGUUCAUGCAGCUAACAAGCUUGCAAGCAAGCACCAAAGGCUUCUCCUUCAGUGCCUUUCAAACAAGCUUCCUCCUUGUGACAUAUGCCAGGAAAGAGCAGCUUUCAUUUUUUGUGUUGAAGAUAGAGCCCUCUUUUGCCAGGAUUGUGAUGAACCUAUCCAUUCAGCUGGCAGCCUUUCAGCAAAUCAUCAAAGGUUCCUAGCCACAGGAAUCCGUGUUGCCUUAAGUUCUAGUUGCAAUAAGAACACUGAAAAGAGUGGGUUGGAGCCGCCCAACAAGAGUGCACCUCUGACUUCAAUGAAAAUGCCUGCACAGCAACAGUCAAACUUCACAUCUUCAUGGGCUGUGGAUGACCUGCUACAAUUUUCAGAUAUUGAAUCUCCUGAAAAGAAAGAGCAACUUGAGCUUGGAGAGCUUGAAUGGCUAGCAGACAUCGGUCUUUUUGGUGAGCAAUUGUCUCAGGAGGCUUUAGCAGCAGCUGAAGUUCCUCAACUUCCAAUACCACAGUCAGGCAAUUUCAACUCAUGCAGACCCACCAAAUAUUCCAUGCCCCUUAAGAAGCCUAGAAUUGAAAUCCCAGAAGAUGAUGAUGAUGAGUUCUUCACAGUCCCUGAUCUAGGCUGAAGAUGGAUGUAAUUAGACUUAUUUGUCGAUAGGUUGAUCAACUACGUGUUUAUACUUUCGUAUUUAGGUAUACGUAAGCGCCUACACACACAUUGCAUUAAUAUUGAGCUGGCAGAAUGAUCAUGAGAAUACUUAUAUAUUUUCUUCAAUUGAUGUGUGAAUUGCUUGUUCCAA